AUGAGAAAAGAGAAAAGAACAAAGAGAAGGGAUGAUCACAUCGAGCAUGCACAUGCACAUAAAGCUGGAGGGAAUUUGAUAUUGAAGGCCAAGUUCGAUGCCAUAGAGCAGAAGUUGGGAGAGCAUGGUGGUCAACUUUUGGACAUGAAAAAGGAAAUUGCUGAAAGCAUUACUGGUUUUUUUGAGACUACCAAGGCAAUUUACGAAGGUCUGGCAGUGUUAAAAGGAAAUUGGGAGAAAAAGGAGGAUAAGGAUGGAAAUCAGGAUGAAAAGGAUGAGAAUGAGGAUGAGGGAAAGGAUGAUGAGGAGGACCAGGAGGAAACGCAUGAUGCGGAUAAAGAGGAGGAGGACAAUGAGGGAAAGACAGUUUCCCCUGUUAGACAUGCCGAUGAUGUUGAGGAUGCAGCCGUAGUUGCUGGAUUGAUGGAUCUCACAGAACAAGUGUUUGAACAGCCAAUGACAGACAAAAGUUCAAUUGGAGUUGAAGAGAUUCCAAAAGCCAAGUACACAUUUACACGGGGAAGAAAAAGAGGUUCCACAUCGAGACGUGUAAAUAUAUAUAAUCCAAUGCGAACAGAGUGUCAAUCACAAGAGAGAAGCACCAACCAAAAUAUUGAUGGUCCUUGGCCAAUCAAUUUAAAGAGGUCGUAUUCGACUCUUUGGAAACAAGGAUUGGAAGCAUGGGUAAGAAACAGGGCUGAGGAUACAUCUUAUUUGGUUGUUGGUGGAAAGAAGUUAUACAAAAAUUGGUUUAUCAACGCAAUGACACCCGAUUACUGGUUGACAGACCAGCAUAUGGAUGUCGCAAUGUACCUCCUCAUGAAGAGGAUCAAGCAAUACCCUGCCAUAUUCAAGAAGAAGGUUGUGCUGCUGGACACUAUAUUCACUGUAUCAGUUGAAUCCCACUUUAAUGAGUUCACUAAAGAUCCUCAUAAUGUUGGAGAAUGGGACAAACAUGAAGUCUUUGAGCACUAUAUUUCUGGAAAAAACCCUGAAGGGUCCAUACCAUUGAAUGGUGUAGAUUACAUUUACUUUCCCAUGAACUGGAGAAAUAUCCAUUGGGUUGCAAUUGAGGUUGAAGUUGGCAACAAAUGGAUCAAUGUAUAUGAUCCCAAAAUUUCAAUCACCAGCAAGGAGGAUUGCAAUAAUCAUAUGAAACCGUUGAGGACUAUGUUGCCAUACAUCCUUCGUUUGGGUGGGAUUGAUGCAGGAGUCGCCCCAUGGCCUGCUCAUAGAUUGCAAGUUGUUCCUCAGCAAGAGACCGGGGGAGAUUGUGGCGUGUUCACAAUAAAAUUUAUAGAGGUAUUAAGUGCAGGAAUGCCAAUACAACUUAUUAAUCAGACAGACAUGAUGUUUUACAGGAGGAAAUUCGCAAUCGAGUCAUACGGACAACAUUUUUAA